UCCUUCUCAGAGACACAAAAAAGACUCUAUCUCUCGUCCCCAAGAUGAAGCUGAUUUCAAUGUUGAUGGCCUUAGUUGUGGCCCUCUCUGGCCUCCUGGGUUCAGCUCGUGCCAUGCCUGACCCCUUCCCUGUUGCUGACCCCGUGGCUGACCCUGACCCCGCGGCUGACCCCUGGUUCUUUAGACGCAGGAUUCUCUUUUCUCUCUUAAAAAAAAAAUAAUUCCCAAAAAACGUAACAGCAUAUUUCAUUCCGGUGACUUUGUGCGAUUUAUGUUUUCGACGAUCUUGCUGUACGAAUAAAGUCCUAAAGGAGAUGGUCUUUUCGACAUUUAACCUGAGUGACAUUGUAGCAUUAACUUGAAUUCCAGUAUUGUUACCUCUGAUGUUACGAAAAUAAAAUGAAAGAAUACUGA